AUGGGUGUCCCGGCACCCCAAGGGAUUGCAACCACGCUAUCCGCUAAUGGCCUCGUUGCCGUUACAUGGACUGGUGCUGCUCUGGGUAUUCUAUUCACUGCAAUUCGAAUCGCCAUCCGCUUAACACAAAUGAAAUGCUUGUUGACGGAUGACUACUUUGUACUCUUGGCUCUGACUUUCCUUAUCGGCAAUGCUGUGCUGCAGACCUUACAGGCGCCCCAUCUCUACUACUUGGCCCUGGACCUCACAGGCCCAGAUAUCGUGUAUCACGUUACUCUCUACACACGCUACGAAUUUGCUAUCAUUGGCGUUUUCUGGUCUGUUCUUUGGGCCAUCAAGGGAUCAUUCCUUGCACUCUUCUGGAUCAUCUCGGAUGGCCUGCCUCAAUAUCGCCGGGCAUGGUGGGCGACGACGAUCUUUGCGAUCCUGGCCUAUAUCGGAUGCUGGUUUGCAUCUGUGUUUACUUGCCAUCCAGCAUCGGACUACUUUAAAUUCGGGAAAUGCAUGAAGCCGAUUGAUCGAAGAGGAUCCGUCAUCUCUAUCUGCUAUAGCACGGCGGUGGACAUUAUUACAGACUUGUUGAUCAUGUCACUCCCUCUCCGCAUUCUUUGGAAUGCAAGAAUCAAUUCGAAGCAAAAAGUAGGCUUGGUUAUUGUGUUUUCGCUCGGAUUCAUUAUCAUCGCUACAGCAAUCAUCCGAGCUGUCGAAAUCUCCGGCAAAGCAUAUUCCGACCAAGCAGCUCUUGCUGUGUGGAGUAUCGCCGAAUCAUCAAUAUGCAUGGGAUCAUACACCUACGGCUCAUCGGGGUUUAACCCGGACUCAUAUAACCGCAAUGCUUCAACAAGGCUGACGAGGCGCUCUCAUACUGCAAGCUGGAGCGAGCUUGCUCUGCCCUUGCAGGACCGCAGCAUAUACCACAACUUGGAUAAUGAGAUUUAUGAACAAAACGUACAUAUCACGGGAGGGCAUGAAUCGGCAGCCUCGCCGCAAAAAAAAUUUCAAGGUAGUGCCGAGGAUUAUGAGCUGAAAGGAGAUAUAAAAACGGUGAAAGAGUUUAGUGUUGUCUCCUCGACGUGA